UUUUCAGUUUACUCCGUGCGCUCGUGCGGAUAACAUGUGAGCGUAGCAUGCGUUGCACGUCAUGUAUUAUCCAUUGAAUUGUCAUUGCACGAAUCGUACGUACUUUAUUUUCUUUAAAUAACUAUUUAAUAUAUUCUUAUGUAUGUUAUUCGUGCUUUAAAAAAAUAUAAAGAUUUAAAAUACGACUUAUAUUAUUUAUUUAUUUUAUUUUUUUUCUUUAUUAUUCCAAAUGUACUUGAAUGUCGUGCGAAUAAUGUAUACGCGUUUAAUUUAAACUUUAGUGUGUGAGAGAGUUACAUUGAAGCGAUAGCUAUGUUUUAACAGUGGAUAAAUUUACAUUGUCAAUGUACUGGACAAUUGACACGAACAAUGGAUUCAGCUGAAAAUUUAAACACUGGAACUGACUCUGAUGGAUCUGUUUCAUGGGAAGACUUUUUUGGAGCAUCAACGGAUUUGGUACCGCAGUUACUUGGCAUGUUUGAUGAGUUGGCACGUAAGACAGAUUGUAACAACCACUACCAUAAUCACAAUCAUCACCACGGGGAGCACAUACCAGCAGCGAUUCAAAAACGUUUAAGUCUGGUAGCGCAUUCUCAACGUAACUCCAUAUUCGGUCACAUCUGUGCUAACUCACAGCAGCAACAACAACAACAGCAGCAGUCUCAGUCUCCGUCUCAGCAUCUUAAACAAGUUGAGCCAAUGCAGGAACAACGGGUUGAGUACCGAGACAACAAGAGUAGAGUUGGUUCAGCAGGAGCUAGCCAAGUUGAAAUAACUGUUAGCAAUCAUGUUAGUACUGAUGAUGCUGCGGUUAUUGAUAAUCAGAACGAGAGCAAUAAUCCUAAAGGAGCAUUGAAUGCUAACGAUGAUGACAAACGAUUGUUCAGACGUGAAAUUACUGAUGGUAGUGGUGGAGGCCGUGGUGGAUUAAUGCCAGAGUAUGGGAGUAGAAGACGUAAACACCUCGGCCGUCCACUAUCAGGCAGUUCAAUUGCCUCAAGCACGUCCUCGAGUGGAUGCAGUAAUCAAGGAAACGCUUGUUCCGCUAAUCCGUAUUUGGCUUCAGUCGAGUCACUGGCCGAUACCUGUGCCAGCUCUCAAGGUUCCGCCGACAGUGGAGUUGUGACAACCUCUGAAGUUAAUUGCCGCGAAGUAAUAAGUGUUAAUAACAAUAAUAAUACGAGUACGAACAAUAAUAAUAACAACAGUAAUAAUAGUAAUAAUAACAGUAGAAGAAUAAGCCGCAGUAUUGAAGAUUCGCCACUUUUGUAUCACCGCGCACGUUACUGUGAUCCAAAACGUAACCCAGUAGAACGCGUACUAUUGGAAAUAGUUGACACCGAAGCAAUUUAUGUUGAACAUUUGCGACAAGUAAUACAGGGAUAUUUAAUUUUUUGGCGCGAUGAUCCGGCUUCGCUGUUGCAACAUCUCGAAUUGGAUCAUUUAUUCAGUAAUAUUGAGGAUAUAUUUAGUUUCAACAGUGAAUUUUUAAAAGAAAUAGAAGCCUGUGGCUUAGAUCCUGUUAGCGUUGCUAAUACAUUUACAAAACAUAACUCUGGAUUCAAGGUUUACACGGAAUACUGUACAAAUUAUCCACGUACGGUCUCUGUACUUACGGAUCUUAUGAGUCGUGAUGAUACGGCCAAGGCAUUUCGUGAGAGACAAGCGGCACUGGGUCAUGCAUUACCGCUUGGAUCAUUUUUAUUGAAACCCGUACAGAGAAUAUUGAAGUAUCAUUUGUUGUUGGAAAAUUUAUCGAAAGAAUAUGAGGCUGAUGAGAAGAGAAAAAGCAAAGAUUUACUUACUAAGGACAACCGUAAUAUCAUUGAAGAGGCGUUGGCUACUAUGACGGGCAUUGCUAAACAUAUUAAUGCUAUGAAACGCCGACAUGAACAUGCUGUGAGAGUACAAGAGAUUCAAUCGUUACUUUACGGAUGGCCUGGUCCUGAUCUUACGACCAGUGGGGAGCUCAUUGCCGAAGGUAGAUUUAGAAUGAGGGGCGCCAAAGCACCACGACAUGCGUUUCUUUUUGAACGUAUGUUACUUUUGACGAAAAAAAAAGAAGACGGACUACUCGUGUACAAAGCUCAUAUUAUGUGCUCAAAUUUAAUGCUGAUUGAAAGUAUACCCGGCGAGCCGUGUAGUUUUCAUGUUAUUCCAUUUGAUAAUCCACGUCUGCAGUAUACAUUGCAGGCACGUAAUUUAGAACAGAAACGUGAGUGGACACUGCAAAUAAAAAGGGUCAUGCUGGAAAAUUACAACGCCGUUAUCCCGAUCCACGCAAGACAAUUAGUCCUACAAUUGGGACAAUCGCAGCAAGAUGACGAGAACAACAGCGUAAGUGAUCGUGGGUCAGCAAAAAAAUUAUACUCUGCGCCACCAGAAUAUUUAGAACGUCGUAAAUUAGAAAAAGAACGUCGUCGAUCAGAAGCAGGCAUCCGUCAAAAAAUAAAAAAAACCAUAACCAACAACAAAACAUUGGAUUUAUCAACUCCCGAUUCACCAGCGUCGUCGCGUAAAUUAAAUGAUGAAAAUAUAAAUAAUCGCGACCGCAGUUUAAACCGUUCAUUAGACGGACGCGCGUCGAAAGUAAAAGAUCGUUUUACAAACUGGCGACGUAAAUCGGAGCCAGGUUUUCAGUCUUACAUCUCACUCAAUCAGUCUGAUGAGGAAAAAAACGAGGAUAGAGUUACACAAAAUAAUGAUUCGACUGCACAAACUGAGCCAGCAUUAUCACCAGCUGAAAUUACAAACUCAGCAAAUAUUAUUUACGAAAACACGCACAAUUUAUCGGGUAAAAAUUCACCCACUGCAAAUACCAAAGAAAAAGAUAUUAAUGAACAACAGCAGCAACAACCACAAGAACAAGAACAGGAACAAAAAACUAAAGUCCGCACUGUCGAGGAAAUAGUCGGGCAUAUUUUGAUGCAAAAUCAAGAGUUUCAACGCUUGUUGGAAAAGCAACGCAACAAUAGUCUUGCUAACGUAAGACAUCAACGUUUCAAAAAAAAUCAGAGGUCGGUUGAUACCUCGGAUGAUAGUGACAAUGGCGAGCUUAAUUAUUCAUCAGAUUUUAAUAAUAUUAACAAUAGUAAUAACAGCAGAGUAAGACCGACUCGUAUAAUAAGACGGGAGCAUCGACUAGUGCGGUCUAAUAAUGCAUGGAAUAGUUUAUCGUCCCAGGGAGUACGCGACAAUCAACCGAGUUUGCAAUUACAGUACAAUAAUUUGCAUAUCGAUGACAAUAAAAAUCAAUCGAAGAUGAAUCGAGUUCAGGAAAAACGGGCCGUUUUUGAAGCAUUCAAGAGACAGAGUAUUGUCACUGAAAGUAAAAUAAUAAAAACGGCAUUACGCAUGCGUGAAAACAGUCCUGAUAAAGACAAUAAACUUCAGGAUAAAAAUAUAAUAAAUGAUAGUAAAGAUACCGUCAGUCCGACAAAAGAUAUCGAUGAUUGCAAUUAUGCGUGGGAUGAAUUUAAAAAUGAAAGAUGUUCGAAAACAAGCGCGGACAGCCCGACGAGACCGGCUGUUUGGUUGACGAAAUUAUGCCAGGAUUUACCGACGUCCCCGCAAAAAAGCGGCUCGCUACCACGCAGCUUUCAAAUAAACCAGACGGAUCCGUCAAAAGCGACGGCUGAAAUUAAGCAGAUCAGCAAAGCCAGAUUUUUGCAACGCGAUGGUAAACCAAUGAGCGAACGUCCAUUUACAAUAGCGUCUGAUAAACCUGGAGAAAUAAAUCUUGACGAUAUGGAGCAGCGUUACACCACAGCUUCUUACGAAACAGACAAUAAAAUAAAUAACAAAUUUAAAAAUUCAAUUUCCGCAUGCUCGGCAUCGACGUCAGCAUCAUCCUCGACAUUUUUCUAUUCCGUCGAUGAUAAUUUAACUGACGGAGACUCGGAUAUUCACACAAUCGCUACCAGUACCAGUACGAAUAUUCAUCCAGAUCAUAAAAUUUAUCGCGCUAAUAACAUCAGCGGCAGUACGAUGCUAAAAAAUGUACUGUCCAAAGCCGGAAGUAGACUGCAAGGCCUAAGAUCAACAGUCAGCGCAGAGACACUCGAGUGCACUGACGACUUUGAUAAAUCAAAACGUUUUCCAAGUUGUAAAAUAAAAAAGAAAAAGAAAUUCAACAAUAAAUUGCGGCUGUCACGUGAAUCUUCGACGGACGUUGAUGAGCCUGUGAUUGGUUGCGUACCUGGUGGUAACUCGUCACUCGAUUUAACGCAUUUGUAUUACAAACAAGGAAGUUCCGGACUAGGAGCACGUAUUGCGCAAGCCGACUAUGCUGAUCCAUCGGUACUAUUUUUUGAUAUCAAACGAGGGGAGUCAAAUAUUAGUGAUAAUAUUUCCGUUGAUAAUUCAAAUGUUAAUUUGAUUGAAAAAAUAGAUGGUGUGAAUAAUGAUGAGGAUGAUAAUGAUGAUGAUUAUUAUGAGGAGGAUGAUGAUGACGAUGGUGAUGAUGAUGACAGAAGACAAAGAUUACCAAGUGAUGGAGACAAUUAUUAUGAAAAAUGUUUUGAAUCAAUUGAAAAUUACAUUGAUGAGACUGAUGAUGCGUUUAGGGACAGUGCAAUAUUUAGUGACGGUGAUGAAGUUGUGUCACCUUUAAUUAAAAAUAAAUUAGUAACAAGGACUACGCCAGCUACGUCAUCAGUAGUUACGUCUGAUGAUAAAAAUAUAAAUGAUAAUAAUAAUAAGUCUAGUGAUAAUAAUUUUUUAAAAAAACCAAAAAUAGCACCACCAGUACCCGUAAAACGUAAAAUAAAUUUAAAUGAUAAAAAAUUUAUUUGUGAAAAUGAUAAUUUAAAACCUAAUGUUGCACUAAAACCGGAUAAUUUAAAAUUACGUACGAGAUUAAUUGUUGGUAGUAAUAGUAGUAGUAGUAAUAGUACUGAGUGUGUAAAAAUAACGGUAACUAAGGAAACGAUUCCUAUUCCUAUUUCGAUACCGAGUUACUUAACAAGUAAAAGUGAAUUUAAUUGUACGAAUAAUGGUAGUGGUGAUGACGGUAAUAAAAAUAAUGAUGUAUCAGCAGGGCAAAGUCAAGCUGGAUGGGUUAAAAAAAUGGUAGGACAAUUGCAGGCACAAAUAGAAACGUUGUAAUCAUAUAUUUAUAAUGUUAUUGUUAAAUUGAACAUAUCAAUAUUUUAUACUAUGCAUUAUCGAUUAUUAAUUAUGUAGUUUAUUAAUGACUAGAUGAUUUAUGCAAUAGCGUAGCGGAAAUUAUUUGAAAAAUCUGAACAAAAAAUUUCGAGGGAAAAAAUUUACUGAGUAGAAAUAUUUUUGUUGGGAAGAAACUUUUUAAAAGUGAAGUAAAUUUUAUACAUCAGGUCCAAUUAUUUUGUAGGAUAAAAAAAUGUUUUUUGACAGUGGAUUUAUUAAACUAAAAAAUUGUAUGAUGCGAUAAAUCUGGACAAAAAAAUUAGAAUCAAAAUAAUUAUCAAUAUAAAUAAGAUACCAGUGAUACUAUUUAUGUAAAUAUCUUAUUUGAGAAAUUUAAAAAAAUAUGAUGACUGCAAAAGUGAAAUAAGAAACAUGUUUUUUUUUUCUUUAUUCUUAUUCUAGUUGUGAAAUUUGAUUAAUUUAAUUUAAUUUAUUUUAUAAAGUAAAUUAAUGUAUGAUACUGAAAGUAGCAGACAUUAAAAAAAAAUAUUUAUUUUGAAUAAACAAGUAAAAUACUCAUAGGAAAAACUUAGAAAAUUGCACAUCAAAAACUUUGAAAAAUCUUUUUGUGCAAAUUAUAGAAAUUUUAUUUUACUUACAACUAAUUAGUUGAUAAAAAUUAAAAAAAUUUUUGACGUCUGCUACUUUCUGUGUCGUAAUUAAUGUUGGGUAUUUGUUGAUAAUUCGUUACUUAUUUUUAUAUAUUAUUACUAUUCGUAUGUCUAUGAUAAUUUUCUCACUCAGUUAUUGUCCUGCUUCAUACUUUGUUAAAAUAUCCAUCAAAUUGAUAAAAAUUUAUUUUUUAUUUAAAAAAAAAAUAGUUUUUUUAAAUUUAUUUCUCUAAUUAAAAAUUUAAUUUAUAUCAAUUAUAGUUACAUAUUUAUUUGAAAUAAAAAUGUUACGUCCAUGAAAUUUUGUUUUUUUUUAAUAAAUCCACUAUAAGAAUUAAAAAAAAAUAUAACGGUGAUUUUAUAAAUAUAUAGAAGUUAAAAAUAAAACAAGCAAUUGUAUAAAUAUAUGAAUUACAAAUUAUUGUAAUUAUAUUUUGUCUUUCUUAGAUAUAUGUAUAUAUAAUUUUACUCAGCAAUUAUUUCCCCAGUCAUUUUUUCCAUCUAUUAAAAAAUAAUGAAAAAACAGUCGGACUUUGCCAUAAGUACAAUUAAGAUUUAUAACAGGGUAUAUCUCAACCUUGCCAAGUUUGGCCCCUUUAUUAAUUGAUGUUAAUAAGGGCGCCACUGGAAGAUAAGACUCGGCCUUCCAGAACCGGAGAUGUUAUAAUUUAUAAAUCAGGGUCGUUGAAAAUAUAUAAGAGUGAGGAGAUUGAGAGAUUAAAUUAAUUUUUACACACAAUUCAAAUCAAUAUAAUUUUAAAUUUUAUUUACCGAAUCACAAUUAUACCCACCGGGCUUUUAUUUUACUUAUAACUAAUCAUAACAAUAUUGUCCACCGGACUUUUAUUCUUAACACUAAUAAUUAAAAUUUUGUCCACCGGACUUUUAUUAAUUAUACGAAUUAGUCCCCUGGACUUUUACACGAAAUGGCCACCGGCCUGAUCCCCUGGAUCUUUUAUUAUAUACGACGAAUGAGUCCCCUGGACUUUUAUACGAAUUGGCCACCGGCCUGAUCCCCUGGAUCUUAAUUGAACGACGACGAGUCCCCUGGACUUUUUAUAACGAAAUGGCCACCGGCCUGAUCCCCUGGAUCUUAAUUAAAAUUAGUCCCCUGGACUUUAUACGAAAAUGGCCACCGGCCUGAUCCCCUGGAUCAAAUUAAAAUAAAUUUAGUCCCCUGGACUUUCACGAAAUUGGCCACCGGCCUGAUCCCCUGGAUCAAAUUUUAUAUAAAACAAAUUGGCAACUUGCCAGAUCCCCAGGAUCUAUUAUUUAAAACCGUUUCCACAGGAAACUUAAUUUUUUUCUCUCACACACACACACGUUUUACAUUCGAGUCCCCAGGACUUAUUCACACUCACACACACGUUUACAAUGUAUUAUUUUCCCGAUUAUUUUACACGCACAAUUUUAUUUAAUCUCGAUUUUAUUUAUGUGUCCACUGGACUAAAUUUCUAUCCGUAAUUUUUAAUGAUUCUACAAUUUUAUAACGACACUUUAUCAACAUGACAAUUUUAUAUACUUUCAGUUUUUCGAAUAUCAAGUUGUUGAGUAAGAAUUUACUGACACCGGAAAACUGCCGCCAACGACUGACGCUAUCUCUCUUUUAUCCAUUUACAACUAGUCUUCACGUUAAUAACAAAUUUGUACAACAAGAACUGAUUUCCAUUACUAAUAAGUUUAAUUACUUAUAUCCUUAUUCUUUUAUCACUAAUUUCACUGCACUUUUAAUUUUCCUUUAAUUUUCGGUUUUGUAAAUUUUAUAUUUUAUAUUUUUCUUAUUAAAUAAAAUUGAUUAAUUUAUAGUAUAACAAUUCCUUAAUGACUAGAUUUAUUAUUUAUAAUUUCUGGCUCUCCUGCCGAGAAAUUAUCAGACGGACCGCGUGUAAAUUUAUUUUGAAUACUGUUCUUCUUGCCGACAAUUUAUAUUUUAAUCCAAUCGGAAAUGGCGACUGCUCACGAAUUAUUUAAUUAUUAUUAAUUAAUUAGUUACUUAAUAAUUUGUGGCAACCGGCCGACAAUUGGUUUACCUCUCCUUAAAUUUUCCAGCGAUCGUGGCGUCCCUUUUUAUAACAGCCUUCCUGCCGAUUUCCGUUGACUUGGUUCUUUCCUCCAACUUCUCUUGCUGUUCACGUGUGGUCACUCGUCCGUGUCUUCUGCCGGUCCGUCCGACUGUGUCCGUUUUCACUCUGGUCACUCACUUAUCAAAUCUAAGUUCGCGAUCAUUCGGCCCUUAUCGGAAAAUCCACCACUCCAACUUAUUUCCUUAUUGGGUCUUGGGGACGAGCCCCUUAAAUUAGCGCGCCCGGCGACAAGUCGAUAAAAUAGUAACGCAUAUGGGGUACUAUGGGUAAUUAAUCAACCGCGGGAAAUUAGGUUGAUUUAAAGUUGUAAUUUUAAAUUUUUACCCCGUUACACUCCCCCCUGCCAGACUGUCGCCCGGGUCUACUAAUUAAGAGUCUCGUCUGCUUGGUGUGUAUGUUGUUGUCUGGAGCGUGAAAAUUUCAGUGAUGAUAAUGUUUUAGUAAUUUUCACGAAUUAUUGCGGAGCUCAAAUAUUCGCGAACUUAUGAUUUUAUGUCUUACAGCUGGCCUUACAUGAUUGCGCUGACUCAUAAGUUUAUUAAGUCUAAGCUUUCAGCAUUGUUGGAUUUGAACCUGCCGGGUCUGGAGUUUCGCGGCUUCACCUCGCCUGCCGGCGAAUCCUCAGACUGGUUCACUGAGCUGGUAUCUGAGUUGUUACAUUUGUCAAUUUUAUAAUCUAUUAACCCCUUUGUUGUUUCGAGAAUCACCUGAUCCGACGGGGACUUCAGAUCAGGUGUUAUUCGUUUUUUCGAGCUUGACCGAUCCUCUCCGAUUGUGUCUUAGGACUUUCCCUACUUCCACCAGCAACUUGAGUAUCUUCUGUAAACUUAAUCAGCUCACAAUUUUCACGAGUGUGUCCAAUCCCGAAGCACAAGUUACACACUACUUGUCGUGGAUUUUCACAGACUUCAAAAUUGUGUCCCACUAUACCACAAUUGAAGCAUGUUUUAUUGCUUCUUGGUACAAAAAUUGGAGCUUGAUUAAAUCCUGGUGAUCUCGGAAACUGAUUGACACGUGAUCUGAAUCCCAUUUGUUGUCUGUAUUGAUACGGUCCUCGAUUAUAGUUAUUAUUAUUGUUAUUAGGUUUCAUCUGGACGCCAUAUCUGUUGUUAUAGGUAGUUUGUGGGUUUGAUUCUAUGAAGUUACAGCGUGUAUAUUCCCGGUCAUCUUCAUAAGCAGCUUCUCUGUUAGGUGAUUGUAGUAAUCCAAAUCGAGAUUUAUCUUGAAUUUUGGAUGUAUUUGGAGUCACUGUCAGCUGUUGAGCUUCUUCAAUACAUCUUGUGGCUUCGUGUAAAGCAUUAAGUAAGCUUUCAUAUGUAGAAACUUGUCUCGCGAAAACUAACGUUCUGAGAUCAUCCGUCAAAUGAUUUCUAAUAUGUGCCACUUGGUCUUCUAUUGGAGGCGGAAUUUUCAUUGAUUGGUAUUUCUGCUGUAUUUUCAACACGAAUUCAGUGACGUUGUCUCCUUUAUUCAUCCUCAUCUUGCUGAUAUCCAUUAUGAUCUGGUGAUCGGUAGCUGAACUACCGAAGACUUUUCGAAACUCUGUUUUGAAUUGGAGAUAACUUGACCAGCGAUUGUAACUUAAAUCAUACCAACGAGCUGCGGGGCCAUGAAGAAUAUAACUCAUGACUCUUAGGAGUUCUUUUUCUGUCCAAUCCUCUCGAUCCGCUCUAGCUUCUAUUGCGUGUAUAAAUUCAUCGACUGUCAAAUUUUCUUGAGGAUAGGAGAUAUUGCCCAUUUUCAGACUUUGUAUGAUGUCUUUCCAGCGUCUCUCUUCUACAAAAGGUGACACAGACCUGCCGAGAUUCCGUUGAUGUUGUUGUGUAGGUGUGGGUACCCUCUCCCCGACACUAAAUCUUUGGUGACUGUUAUGAUUUCUCGGAAUCUGGCCCUGUCCACCCAUUGUCUGCUGUUGUUGACCCGACUGAAGUUGACGCAGUUGUUCUUGAAGAUUAUUUAAUUGAUCAGCAACUGGUAUUUGUUGAUGAACCUGUCCUGGUUGAUAUGUUUGGUGCUGAUGAUCAACUCGUGGUUGUUGCUGCUGAUUUUGAUGAUUAUUCUCAACUCGUAGCUGAAACUGUUGUUGAUUUAAUUGUAAUUGACGCAGCUGGGUUGCUUGCUGUUGGUUUGAAUUUUGUAGCUGGGGUUCCUGCUGUUGGUUUUGCUGAUACUGCAGUUGCUGACUAUGCUGCUGAUUUCCUAUUUCAGCUGGACACUCCCCCCUGCCCAAACCUUGACCCAUCGGGGCAACGGUUGAACCAAACUGGAGGUCAGCUGCUCUCCAAUCUACUGGCGAGUAUGAACGCCAAGAGUUAUCAGGUGCAUUGAGUCUGUUGAUGACUUCUCUUUGUGCUGUCAUCAUUUCAUUCAACAUUCUGGACAGUUCAUCAAUUGAUGCUGAGUUUUCUUCAUUAAUGGCUCGCUGUGUUCUUGUCAUUUGACGGAAUUCUCUCGAGCUUUCAUCCAUGCGAUCAAAUAUGGCACGCAUAUCCGGUGGUAUCUCCUCCCGACCGGGUGUGUUGUUCACAUGAUGUCCAUCUUCUGCUGGUAGACUGAGUGGGUUACCCCCCGACCCAGUUGCGAUGUCUAAGUUACCUCCAGCUCCGGCCGACGACGUGGGUGGUAUACCGCCCGACCCAAUCGUGGCGUUUUCAAAAUUUCCACUGUUUCCUGCCGGCAAAUUGAGUGGGUAUCCCCCCGACCCAUUUGCGGCGUAUGAAACUGUUGAGUUAAUCAUCGAAGGAGCUGAUGUAUAACAGCUGCUAGUUGUCGUUAUUAUGACGUUCGUGGUGUUUGUCGUUACUGAUAUCGUUGGUACCGGCAGUGUUGCUGAUGAUGAACCUGGAUUUUGUAUACCAUUCCAGCAGUUUUGACCUCUACCGGCCGAAAGUCUUCUUAACUCCGGAUUUAUCCAAGUUUCCCUUGUUGUGUCGAUGUUGUUAUUUCCGUUAAGCAUUUUGAUAUUUUAUUUUACUUUUAUUUUGAAGAUUAAAUUUAAGUAUUAAAGUUUAAGUAAAAUGAUGUCAGUUUUUGUUUGUCUGUCACUAACAAAACCUUUAAUAUUUAUCUUUAAUCCAAAGUAUGAUGUCAGCUUUCUUAAUGUAUGAUGUCAGUAAUUAUAAAUUUUCAAAAUAAUUUUCUAACAGCUUAACUAUUCACGGAACAUCCGGUGAAUAUUUGACCAACGAUAAUUUUAGUUUUAAGUCUUCAAUAAUUCUUUUUCAAUAACACAAAAUUUAAUGUUCAAAUCCGGUAGUUUUAUUUUUACUUAUUUUGCUAACUUAAUUUUAAUUGAUAUUAUGGAUUAAAUUUUAAGCACUUUUUGUUUCUACUUUUAUCUAAAUCUCUUAUCAAAGUAAUUAUUUUAACUUUUUCUUUUAUCAUUAAUUACUUCCUAUUUACACUCAAAAUUUUCUCACGUAUUUUAUUAUCCCGUAUUUUUACUUUUCAAAAUUUUACUCAAUUAAUUUACUUUACUUUUUCCGUAAUUUAAUUCCUCAAUUCUCACUCUUAUAAAUCUCUAGGUUUUUCAAAAGUUGGGCGCC